UGUGAUAUAAUCAAAGCAACAUCCGCCUGGCUGACACGACGACUGGUUUUACCUAAGCAGAACAGGUCACCGUUGGAUGAGACACCGUGCAGGUUGACAUCUGCUGCAAUGGAAGGAGGCUUGGUAUCAAGUAGUCGUUAUCUUCAGUCCCACGGCCUCGUAUCUGUCUUAGUCUGGAGUCUUUACAUCUCAUCGUAUGCAACAGUAUCCGCGCAAGGGAGUCUAAUAACGUGCAAUGCUGAUACUGUCAAACUAAAUGUAAGCACCUCGCUGACGUGUACUUUUCCUGAAGAAGUUGCGAGUACGAAGAGGGACUUCACUAUUUAUCGCUAUCUGGAAAAGGGAAACCCAGAUGCCGUCCUGGACUGCUGGUGGCUGUCGGGAAAUGUUGACUGUUUUGUUGCCCCAGGAUACCAAUACAACAAACAGAUCAGUUCCAACACUGUCAGGCUUGACAUUCCACGAGUUUCAGCACCACAAAUCGCCGUGUAUGCAUGUCAACUCGCUAGCUAUGGACCGGACUCCAUUAAGACCUGUGAGCUUAGUGUCCAGCUAGGUGGAAAAUCGGCCUGCGAGAUACCAUCUGUCAAACCGAAGUCACAAGCUGCGCUGACAUGUUAUUUUCCUGGGGACCUCAGCAAAACUCGAACUGGCUUUACCGUCAGUCAUCACUCCAGUCAAGGUGCUGAAACCACCGUGAUAAAAUGCACCUGGCAAGGAGAAAGUCUCACCUGUGACACAGUCUCCGGCUAUGUGUUCGACAAGAAAGUGAUCUCCCACACUUCAGCUUCUCACCUGACCAUCAGGAUCAACCAAGCGCUAGAGAAUCACGAGGGAACAUAUCGUUGUCAUGCCGAGGGCUCUACGUAUGAAGACUGUUCCUUUAUGCUUGAAAAAGAAAAGACAUCAACUUGCAAUCAUCUAAAUGUGACAGAGAAUGAGCCAGCAACAUUCGCCUGCAGCUUUAGCGUUAACGUCAAUGUGACGAGAAAGGACAUCAAAGUGAUUCGCCAAGGCAACACAAGUACUGAAGUACUGAGCUGCACAUGGGUAAGCGAGAAACUAUCCUGCACCACAGCCCCGGGGUUUGAAUUUCACAACACUGUCACUGAUCGUCUGACAAUCAAAGUGCCCCGAGCUACUCACCAACACAACGGGACGUACGUCUGUCACCUGCAAGGCUCUCAGUUUGAAAACUUUCAAUCCUGCGACUUCAUUGUAAUGACAGUUACUUCCGCACCAGUCGAAUCUUCCAUCGGUAUGAUUGUCGGAGCAAUUAUAGUCAUGUUGAUUCCUGUAACAUUGAUCAUCGUGUUCAUCAUCAUGAAAUUUAGAUCGCGCACACAAUCGGAAGAGAACGUUUCAGACGAAGAGGAUCCAAUGAUACCAACUCCCACAAACGAUGUUGAUGUAAUUACGAAGAACUUCUUGGUUUACCUUUCAAAUGAAUUCCGGAAAACGUAUCCAGAGUAUGAAACAAAAGCCUACGUUGUACCUUCGAUGUACUUCAACAACAACACAUAUGAAGUGAAGACCUUUGCUGAAGAAGACGUGUACGUCACCAAGCCACCCGAUGGACAAACUGUGAAGCACGACAUGGCCAUGGGUCGGGUCUUGACAAGUUUUCACCAUCUAGCAAAGCACGGGAAUGAAGUGAUGUUUGUCAUUUCGCAGUUUGACUACGACAAGUACUUGGCUAAUCCUAGGAAGGAGUUCACUGAUCACAAACUGCCAAGGCCUGGUAAACUGAAGAAGUCUGACAACCGCUACGGAGACUUUGACAUCCUUAUCAUUCAUCGAAAGCACGGGCUGGUGGUCGGGGUGGUGAAGACAUGUUCUGGUGGGAGUCCAAAUAAGGAGGUAGAGGAAGAGGAUAAUCUGAAGAAGGUGGUCGAGGAGCUGAAACAAGGCUGCACACAACUAGACGAGGCAGAGAAAUUGUUACAACAUCUUCUGUCCGAUCUAAUUAGUCACCAAAGCAAACCAAUGCAGGUUCGAAAACUCUUAGUCUUGCCAAAUCUUUCAGAAGAACUUCUGGGUAAUAUCCUUAAUGAAAACCAAGGUGUGGCACAGAUUUUAAAGGAAUGUCUUAGAUUUCCGGAAAAUAAUGUUUUUAACGAAUGCCUCUGUGGUGAUCAUAUGCGGGGUUCAAAUAGAACCCGAAAGAUUAAAGACUGGUUUAACACUCGAUUUUCUGAGUCGCGUGACAAAACACUCGCUAGUGAUGAAGAGUACCCUGCGAUAGUUACCAGGUUCUGUGGACCUGCAACUAUUUGGUCUUUAAAUGUUCCGGAUCAUCAGAGUGGCAUCCUGCCCAAGACACUGGAAGACUCGGUGUGGAUGACAGGUGAGCUGUUCACCAAGCCAAUACUACAGCCCCAGCAGUGGCAGACACUACACACAGACAGUCCUCGGGUCUUCCUCUCGGGGCCGCCAGCUUCAGGGAAGACGAAGAUGCUUGUGCUGACAGGCAAACGAUGGAUGUCCGAGGGCCACAAGGUGCACGUGGUGUCCACUGGGAGAAAGAGUCAUACAGCAAAUCAAAUGAUAUACACAGAGCUGUGUACGGCCUCCAAAGAAACUCGAAUUUCAGGCUCGUGUGAACUGAUCACUUUCAAGAAAAAAAUUAUGAAGAAAAGGAUCAACAAAAUUUUCAAGCUAUCAAAGAAAGAUCAUAUAUACAUCAUUGCUGAUGAGGCUUACAAUGCUAAAAGAUCCCAUUUUAAUGAUUUUGUUGAUGGUCUGCUUGACAAAGUCCCACAACUUCAUUUAUGGGCUGCCAGUUGUUUACCAGACAUCGCACCACAAUGCUGUGAGCUUCACUUCUUGAAAGACAGUUUUACUUGUCCGCCUUCAAUCCUGCUACAAGAAGAUGUUACAAAACUUGCUUCCGGCAAUUCGGUCGCCCCAUGGCGGUAUGAGAGCAAAACCACAGCGCCAACGGACGGUCCGCCAGUAAAAGUUAUUUGCCAUGAUGGCGAAGGUCACAAUGGUGACUAUCCACACGUCUGCAAGACAUGUUCCAACGAAGUUAUAACAUUUCUUCAAACCCUUCGCAUAAUUAAACCUGUUGGUUUUAGUCCAAGAACAGAAGGACAACCCAAACUGUGCAGUAAAGACAUCCUAAUUCUGUGCGAAAAUGACGAAGAGACAGCCCUGUGUGAUAUGCUGAAGAAGUCGGGAAUAAGCGUUGAAAUGGUAGACGAAAACAACCGUGAGAAAGUUUUCAAGGCAAACAAAAAUGAAGUGUGGGUAGGUAAGGGCGAAAACAUGUUCGGCAUCAAACGAAAAGUCGUGGUCUUUGUAGAAGGAAAUGCACAAAAAGGAAAGGACAAACACAAGAUGCCUGUCGACCUAAAACGAUUGCGAAGCCUCACCAGUUCAACAUCUCAGCUGAUCUGGUUAAAAGGACUUUAAAUAAGUAAAAGCUUUCCGGCGCCGUGUCUAUACAUCUAUCUGAAAGACAUUUUUUACUGAUUUUAAAACCAAUGCGUGUAUACUUUGUGUGUAUGUAAUAGACGUACAUAAGGAUUUGUAUUCACUUAAUUCAUUUUUAGAAAUACUUUCAUGUUAAUAUCAAUAAAAGUGUAUAUAUAUAA